CGCUCGUUCUGCUUCUGCUCGAUGCGAGCGUCAUAGGGAGCGUCCCGUCUGUCAGUCGGGGGGCGUUGCAGUUGAAUCGGCAUUGCACUCCAAGCGGAUACAUCCGUAGCUCUCCUGUGUCUAUCAGUAGCCAAGGUAUCUACUCGAUAUAGCUAUUGCACCUCAAAAUUCAACGGGCCUGGCGCUUGGCGCCUGGCUAGUUCUAUUGGCUUGUUCUGCAAGUGUUGACCUGAAUAGCGAUGGUAUUUAAUCGAAACAACAGAAAGGAGAUCAGUGCGAUUGAGGACUUGAUCGAGGCGAAGAUAUACGUAAACCCGGAGCGCCAGUCGGAGCUGCAGCGGCAACGUGAGCGCCUGUGGCAGUUGCCAACUGAUGAGCUCCCUGGAGGAAGUGCGUGCACGCUGCUGUGCCUCAACCUGUCUAAUGACUUCGCGGACGCUCUUCGCGCGUGCCUUCCCGGCUGGAAGUUCCAACUGGAGACUAUCGCCGAUGACCCCGCCAGCCCUCAAUACAAGGCGGACCGCAAGCGGUUCGUCAAGUUGUUUGAGGGCAAGGCACUGGAGGAGGCGGGCAUCUCCGCAGUGGUGCAGGAGCUGCGCAGCCAGGGCGAGGAGCUGGCCCAGCUCGACAAGCGCGUCAUUGCGCUGUCGCUGCUGAGCCGCCUGCCAGUCAUCAGCUGCUGCUGCAGCAGCGCCGACGCGCUCCCGGCCGCCGCCGCCGCCACCGGGGACACGUGGCCCGUGUUCCACAUGCCGCAUAUGCCGGAGGACGUACGGCCGCUGGUCAAGUGGCUGCGGGAGGAGCUGCCUCGGGUGCGGGCGCUGUCAACUGCCAUCGCCGAUGACCUCAAGGCUCGCACCGCGCACCUGGCCAAAGUGAAUGGCCCGCUGCACUUCCUCAAGCGCGGCGCAGUGGCAAUGGUGCCCCUAGGCGUCAUGGUUGUCAACACCAUUGGCUCCAUCCGGCUGAUGACGCGCAUGUUGCGGCUGAGCGGCAUGCGCGGUGACAACGCGGCGGGCAAGUCACUGGGGCUUCUGGGCGCCUCCAACGCCGUGUUCAUGAACGCCAUUGACUCCGUGGGUGACCUGUACUCGUUCGUCAUCUUCACCACCCUGCUGGCCGAGUUCAAGACGAUGGGGCUCCUGGAGAUGACUCAGGCCAUGGAGGUGGUGGACGGCCUCACGCUGGGCUCCAUCAGCGUCGUGACCGGCCUGGUCUCCGCCAUUGGCGCCUACAUCUCCCGGCCCGGCAUGGUGCGCGCCGCCGCCUCCUUCCUCGCCAGCCUGCAGACCAUCUACGCGCUCAACCCAGGGAUGAGGCGGGAGAGCACGGCGCGCCCGCCGGCCGAGCGCGGCGCGCUGGCGCGGCUGCGGCGCUGGAUGGACAGCCGCCGGCGCGGCGCGGAAGAGAAGCAGGCCCUGCUGGCGCGCAGCGCCGGACCCACCAGCAGCACCGGAAGUUUGCUGGGCGCGGGAGGUGUGGCUGGCGUUGAUUAUGGCACGGAUGGUGGUGGGGAGGAGAGCGGCGAGGAGGAGGAGAGCGACGUCGGGGAGGACGAGGAGGCGAGGCUGGUGGCGGCGCCGGAGCUGGAGGCGGCGAUGGCGGCGGCGCGAGCGGCGGAGGCGCACGUCGCUGCCGCAGAUGCGUCUGAGGUGGCGGCGGUGGAGGCGGAGGUGGCGGCGGUGGAGGCGGAGAUGGCGGCGUUGGAGGCGGAGGCGGCAGCGCUGGAAGCGGAGGUGGCGGAGGCGAGGGCCUUGCAGGGCGGGGCUGCGCCGGUGCCGUCGACCGCGGUAGAGGCGGAGGUGGCGGAGGCAGCAGCGGAUGUGUCUGGCUCAGACAGGGCGUCGGCUGUGCCUGCGACGGCGGCGGACGGUCCCCCGACGGUGCAUGUGUGCAUAAGCGUUAGGGGCGAGGAUGGUAAGGUGGCGUUGGUACUGCGCACCGGUGACCAGCCAAAACCAGCAGCUGCGACAGCUGCGGCACCAACGGCAGCCAAGGUGCCGGCGCCGUCAGCUCAUGCCCUGCGGCAGGCGGCAACAGAGGCACGGGCCAAGGCGGAGGCCGCAAAAGCGGCGGCUGCGGCCGCCAUGGAGACAGCCCAGCGCGAGGCGGUGGUGGCGGAGCAGGCGCUUGAGGCGGCGCGUCAGGCGGCGGCACAGCGUAGGGCGGAGCGCCGGUGGGCACGUGCAGAACGGCGCGCGGCGCGGAGCAAGGCUGCGCUCAGCGGCGGGGCGCUGGAGCUGGUGCCCUUGAGGAGCUCUGGUGACCUAUCAUCAGCUAGCUACGCGCCAGCAGCGGCAGGCGCUGAGGACGAUGGGCCGGCGGCGGUGGCGGCGGCGGCUGGUUGCUGCGGCGUCUGCCUGCCGCUGAGCAGGUGGUGGCGGGCAAGGCGGCGACAGCGGCGGGCAGCUGCAGCGCCGGCGGAGGAGGUCGCAGCGCUUGCCGCGGCGUCGUAGGAAUACUGGGCGGUAAGGGCCGGGCAAAUUAUUGACACCGCUGCAGGGGCCACGGCUCUCGCAACAAAGGCUGCUUCUGGCUGUUGGCGAUCAACUGCCUCAUGAUAUCGUGACUCGCUGAACUGUACCGUAUCAUGUUGCGUGACUAGGGUUGGCACUCGCGUGGAUGCGUUGAGUCUGCUUGAGUGUGAGCGAAUGCACAGCAGCGGUGCGCGGGGCUGUGAGAGAAACGGAUUGAGUGCCGGGGGCUGAGGCUGGGCUGUCAAUGAUGAGCCUUGCAUUGACGUGGAAUGGGAGCGUGUAGGUUAGGUGAGGGUAUUGGUACGACGGUGUGCGCAGGACCGCGAGUGGGACCGCGGCCCGGCACUAAAUGGCUGUGUGACGCACUAGCUAGCACUGCUACGUGUCAUGCGACUGCCGCGCUUAGGUUGCAAAGGCCAUUUCAGGUGGUGGUUUCACGACGAAGCUGAGGUCCCGCAUGUUGGGCCGGAAGCCCUGAACUCAACCCAAUGAGAUCUCCGUGAGCAAAUUACGCACUUCUGUGACAUGGAUGCCCAAAUUUGCAUGGAAUUGUACGGCACUGCGAAUGUUCGGCAUUAUUGCCUUGCAUGCUUGCAUUCAAGAAUAAAGCUGCGUAUGCAGUAGUGUGCGUGAGCAUGGGGGUAACGCGUGUGGGUGCCACACGCCCACAUGCGUCAUGGCGCCACACAAUUUUGAAUUCCGAUUAUGUAAGUCCGCAAUGCAGGGACGGUGUGCGAUGGGACAGUGUCAAGGCAGGUUGGCGAAGUCCCGCAAUG